UGUAGCGGUGCGAGUAGCUUGUACACAACACAGCCCGGGCAGUCUGCAUUGCAGUCUGCAUUGCGACACCAUCACCAAUCCCACACGCAGUCGACACCCCAAGACAUCACGACGACACCGCACGACCACAGCGACUCGCGCGCGUACCGCAUGCCGCCAUGGUCUGCCGGCCGGAGCCAUGAACUCACAGUCGACGACGUUUGCCCGCAGCCCGCACCGGGCCCGGCGGCCGUCGAUAGCAUCGCGCCUGUCCUUUGCCGCGUCCACGGCUGAGCAAGGCGAGGCCGGCGCCGGCGCGUCUGCCCCCGCCGAGCGCCAGAUCCAGGAAGAGAUUGCCGAGAUCAAACGAUACGAGGACUUUACAACGAUAGGUUGGCGACUCCCCCGAUCGAUCGAUGCGUGUGGCACGAAACCCACGAAACCCCAAGUUGACUGACGCAUACGCUGCCACCAGACUGGGUCCAAGAUGCGGCGCGCGAGCAGGCGAGGCGCAAAUCGCGCAGGAAACGCGCGGCGGGCAUGUACGAGCGCGGCCAGCCCGGCUGGCGAUAUCGACUCUGGGCCUCGUACGACGCCGCCCAGGGCUGGAUCGUCGUCACCAUCAUCGGCGCCGCCAUUGGCCUGAACGCGGCCUUCCUGAACAUUGUCACCGAGUGGCUGUCCGACAUCAAGAUGGGAUACUGCACGACCGCCUUCUACCUCAACGAGAACUUUUGCUGCUGGGGCGAGGACAACGGCUGUCCGCAAUGGCAUCGAUGGACGGGUUUCGGGCCGCUCAACUACAUCAUCUACAUCAUCUUUGCCACCGUCUUUGCCUUCACGGCAGCCACCCUCGUCAAGUCCUUUGCCCCCUACGCCGCGGGCUCGGGCAUUUCCGAAAUCAAGUGCAUCAUCGCGGGCUUUGUCAUGAAGGGCUUCCUCGGCUUCUGGACGCUGGUGAUCAAGUCCGUCUGCCUGCCCCUCGCCAUCGCCUCGGGCCUCUCCGUCGGAAAGGAAGGCCCCAGCGUGCACUACGCCGUGUGCACCGGCAACGUCAUCUCGAGGCUGUUCGCCAAGUACCGGAGCAACGCAUCCAAGACGCGUGAGAUCCUGAGCGCCUGCGCCGCCGCCGGCGUGGCCGUCGCCUUCGGCAGCCCCAUAGGCGGCGUGCUCUUCUCUCUCGAGGAAAUGUCCAACCACUUUCCCCUCAAGACCAUGUGGCGCAGCUACUUUUGCGCGCUGGUCGCGACAGCCGUUCUCGCAGCCAUGAAUCCCUUCAGAACUGGCCAGCUCGUCAUGUUCCAGGUCAAGUACGACCGAGACUGGCAUUUCUUCGAGAUACUCUUCUACAUCAUCAUCGGCGUCUUCGGCGGCCUCUACGGCGCCUUUGUCAUGAAGUGGAACUUGCGCGCGCAGGCCUUUCGGAAAAAGUACCUGUCCAAGUACGCCGUUCUGGAGGCGACGCUGUUGGCUGCUGGAACGGCCAUCAUCGCCUACCCAAACGUCUUCCUUCGCAUUGACAUGACGGAGAGCAUGGAGAUUCUCUUCCUCGAGUGUGAGGGCGCCGAAGACUACCAGGGGCUAUGCGAGCCAAACAAGCGCUUCUGGAACGUCGUGUCCCUCGUUCUGGCCACGGUGUUGAGGAUUGUUUUGGUCAUCAUUUCCUACGGCUGCAAAGUCCCUGCGGGCAUCUUCGUGCCAUCCAUGGCGAUCGGGGCUUCUUUUGGGCGCACCGUCGGCAUCAUUGUCCAGGCCAUGCACGAGGCGAACCCGCAGAGCGUCUUCUUUUCCGCUUGCAAGCCGGACGAGCCGUGCAUCACCCCAGGCACGUACGCCUUCCUGGGCGCCGGAGCCGCGCUCAGCGGCAUUAUGCACAUCACCGUGUCCGUAGUGGUCAUCAUGUUUGAGCUGACGGGCGCGCUGGACUACAUCUUGCCUACCAUGAUCGUCGUCGGCGUUACAAAGGCCGUCAGCGACUUGUUUGGCAAGGGGGGCAUCGCGGACCGCAUGAUCUGGUUCAACGGCUUCCCUUUUCUGGACAACAAGGAGGAGCAUAACUUUGGCGUGCCCGUGUCACACGUCAUGAGGACCUCGGUGGUCUCUCUGCCCGUCAGCGGCAUGACCCUUGAGGAAAUUGAGCUCCUGUUGGCCGACGACAAAUAUCAGGGGUUCCCCAUUGUCGAGGACGCCAACUCCAAGACGCUGGUGGGCUACAUUGGCCGAACGGAGCUGCGGUAUGCCAUUGACCGUCUGCGCCGAGAGCAGCCCAUCAGCGGCACUUGCAAGUGCGUCUUUGCGCCUCCGCCCGCCCUCAGCUCGGUCACGCCGGUAACGCCAACCGUGACCGUCAACACGGACUCCAUGUCGUCCACGACGCUGGACUUCAGCCGCUACGUCGACGCGACCCCAGUGACGGCCCACCCGCGGCUGCCCCUGGAGACGGUGUUGGAGCUGUUCCGCAAGAUCGGGCCCCGCGUCAUCCUGGUCGAGUACCACGGGAAGCUCAGCGGCCUUGUCACGGUCAAGGACUGCCUCAGGUACCAGUUCAAGGUGGAGGCGGCGGAGAGCCCCAAGGACGACCACCGGAUCCUCGAGGGGCAGGAACAGCUCUGGGGCGUCCUUCGUAGGGCCGGAAACUGGGUCUCGGGCCGUCUAUCGAGCGCGUCGGGAGGUAGGAUACGGCUUAGCGGCCAGUUCGAGGACGCCACGGGCAGCGGCCGGGUCGGCGGGGCGAUUUUGGAUGGGGACGAAGACGUGGGCGACGAAGGGGGGGUCGAGCUGGAAAGCAGACGAUAGACCUUCAUAAUGACACAACUUGCCGCGACUGCUCCUGGCCAUAGGAG